AUGGCCUCUACCACCACAUCCCGUCUCCUUGGCCUGCCGCCUGAGUUAAGAAACCGCAUCUACGAGUUCGUGUUCGAGGACAGCGAGGUCACCAUCCGUGCGCAUCGCAAUGGCAUACCAUGCUGCACAUACGAACCGCCGUCCCUCGGCAUCUUGAUGACCUGUCGCCAAACGUACCGCGAGGCAACCGACAUCUUCUACAGCGUCACCACGUUCUACUUCACCUGGCGUAUGGCGCUUGUCGAGUUCUUGAGAUCGCUGCCGCCUCGACACGCGCGCAUGGUCUCUACAAUUCGCUUCGACACCAUCGCAAGACUUGAAGUCUUCAAGUCGACAGGCACGGGUAUUGCAGUAGCUGCUCAAUAUGAUGUCUUUACGGCACGCACCAGCUUGAAGGCAUUCGCCUGUCCGAUUCCAGCGUCCAUCCAGUCAAACGUCGCCGACUUCAGUCGGUCGUCCGGACACGCCAAGUGGACCUCGACACCUUGGAUGACAUUUGCGGAGCUCUAUGUGCAAUUCCCAAGUGAAUAG